GAUGCAUCUGGACAACAGCAGCAUCGGGUGAUGGAGAAGUGUCCAUAGCUUUACCAACCCAUGUCCGCGGAGGUGUCAGCUGUAGUUUCGGAGGAGAACUCUCGCUUAACCGUUUUUUGUCAGCGGGACUGCAGCCCUUGAGUGCACCGACUCAGAACCAUCAGCUCCGCCAGAACCCGCAGGGGGCCGUGAGAGCACCGCAGAGAAGAUGAAUAUCCAGGUUCUGCCAGAACACAAGCUCUCGUCGGUGGCCCCGCUGAAACAGUGCAAUGUGGAGAAAAAAGAGGUAGAACUGAUACUGGUGAAGGACCAGAAUGGUGUCCAGUACACCAGUUCCUCCAUCAUUCCCACCCCUGGCCACCGCGUAGGUCCUCCCGGAGCCACCGAGGAAGAACGAGAAACUUGGGGCAAGAAAAUAGACUUUCUGCUGUCGGUUAUUGGCUUCGCUGUGGACCUGGCCAAUGUUUGGAGAUUUCCCUACUUGUGCUACAAAAAUGGAGGAGGUGCCUUUUUGAUCCCGUACAUUCUUUUCCUGGUCAUUGCGGGGAUGCCAUUGUUCUACAUGGAACUUGCCUUAGGCCAGUACAACAGGGAAGGGGCAGCUACAGUUUGGAAAAUUUGCCCCAUAUUUAAAGGUGUGGGCUACACUGUGAUCCUCAUAGCCUUGUAUGUUGGCUUCUACUACAACGUCAUCAUUGCCUGGUCCCUCCACUACCUGUUCUCCUCCAUGACCAAUGAGCUUCCAUGGCUCAAAUGUGGCAACAGUUGGAACAGUCCCAACUGCACCGACCCCAAAGCCUUCAACGGAUCUUUAAUCGGCAAUGGAACGUCUUACGCCAAGUACAAGAUCACCCCGGCAGCAGAGUACUAUGAACGGGGUGUGCUGCGUCUCCAUGAGAGCAGAGGUAUCCAGGACCUGGGCCCACCUCGCUGGGAGCUGUCCUUGUGUCUGGUUGUGGUUGUCUUCAUUCUCUACUUCAGCCUGUGGAAAGGAGUCAAGUCCUCAGGGAAGGUGGUGUACAUCACAGCUACCAUGCCCUAUGUGGUCCUUUUCGUUUUGCUGAUUCGAGGCAUAACUCUACCAGGGUCCAUGGAUGGAAUAAGGGCCUAUCUGCACAUCGACUUCAAGCGGCUCAACAAUCUUGAGGUGUGGAUUGAUGCUGCCACCCAGAUAUUCUACUCACUGGGAGCAGGAUUUGGGGUGCUCAUUGCUUUUGCCAGUUAUAACAAAUUUGACAACAACUGCUACAGGGAUGCUCUCUUGACCAGCACUGUGAACUGCGUCACCAGUUUCUUCUCAGGGUUUGCCAUCUUCUCUGUGCUUGGAUACAUGGCUGACAAACACGGAGUAAAAAUAGAAGAUGUGGCAACAGAGGGGGCUGGUUUGGUGUUCAUCAUCUACCCUGAGGCAAUUUCUACACUGCCUGGCUCAACAUUUUGGGCUAUUGUGUUCUUCAUCAUGUUGCUCACUCUCGGCAUUGACAGCUCGAUGGGUGGCAUGGAGGCCGUUCUCACGGGCCUGACAGAUGACUUUAAAAUCCUUAAGAGAAACAGGAAGCUCUUCACCUUCGCCACCGCCUUUGGAACCUUCCUCGUCGCCCUCUUCUGCAUUACUAAUGGUGGGAUCUAUGUGCUGACACUGUUAGAUAAGUAUGCAGCAGGGACUUCUAUACUUUUUGCUGUGUUGAUCGAGGCCAUCGGAGUGUCAUGGUUUUACGGUGUGGAUCGAUUUAGCGAAGAUAUCGAGCGAAUGAUGGGAUUCAAGCCAGGUCUCUACUGGAGGUUGUGCUGGAAAUUUGUCAGCCCAGUUUUUCUGCUGUUUGUUGUAAUAGCCAGCACAAUAACAGCGUCAGGCCUGAAGUAUGAUGAGUAUGUCUUCCCUCACUGGUCUAACGUGGUUGGCUGGGGUGUGGCCAUGUCCUCCAUGAUGUUCGUCCCAGGCUAUGCCAUAUAUAAAUUCUUAAGUGUACCAGGAACAUUCAAACAGAGGAUAGCCUAUUGCAUCACUCCAGAACAUGAACAUCAUUUGGUGGCUGAGGGAAACAUACGGCAGUUCAAACUCAAGCAUUGGUUGGCCAUCUGAUGACAAUCACCCAGAAUCCCCUCAUCCUUCCUCACAUCUGGUGUUUGGAGUUCCUGUUCCCAAAAAGGGGAGCACCAGCCUCCAACCUCUCUCAGCAACCUGCCUCUUCUCUCUGUACAUGUAAUACCCCAGACCUUUGUUGUCAACAGUAGCUUCAAGCACUUUGAUUUCAGAGUUAUGCCUGUUAACAUUUUGGAAACAUUAAACAGCUUCAGCUCAUAAGGGAGGGGCACCCCGUGACGACAAUGUACUGUUAUCUGCCCAUGGACAUUGUUGUGUUUUUUUAUAUACUAGCUUAAUUAAUCAUAACUUUAGUUAUGAUUUAGUUUGAUGUGACUAUUAUGUCCUAGAAAGGAACAGACACUACAAUUAAAACCAAAUCAGUCCUAUCACCCUGUGUAUUACUAAACAGGGGGCCCAAAUAUUUCAAUUUGUCUUUGUACUUUACUUUUUUUUCCCAAGCUUAUGAUUAUUUAUUAUUGCUCUGAUGUUGGAAGUCUCUGUUCUUGUCAUUCUGUUGGCAGAGUGGCUUAUCUGUGUCAGUGCCUUAUCAAGGGAGACACUCCAUGAUUCUUACACUCAGUACAGGAAACUGUGUUGACUCAGGAACCCACCAAAUCAACCCACAGUUUGUGGAUGGAAAUCUCUCAAUUUGACCCAGUCCUUUGAUAUUGAUAAGUCAAACAGCUGACAUCAAGGUCAAGCUCCUUAGCAAAGAUUAAAUUAUAUCAGGACUGAUAUAAUGCUUUUGUGUCUGAUUCUGUUAUAGAAAAGGGAAUAAUGCAUGCGUCACUCCAAAGCUUUAAGAGAACCAAGGCAGGCUUCAUUCACCUCUCAUGCUUUGAAAGGCCUUAAUCUCAACCAGGCCUUAAUCUAAAAAAAAGUCUGAACCUGGUCAGGGCCUAGCUGCUUAUUGAAGGUGGAAAAAAAGAGCAAAACAAAUGGCAUAACUGUUACAAACAGUUUUGUAUUGUUGUUGUGUGACUUUUACUUUACAAUCUAAUGUGUGUUCAGUGGUUCUGAGGAAUAUAUGGCUUUUCCUCCAAGGAGACAGUGAGAGCGAGAGAGAGCGAGAGUGUAUUGGGAUUUUGUUGCCAACUAUACAGUAUGCUGUUUUUGUCCAGUACAUUGAGGGGUGAAAACUGUCAAAUCCCUCUUUCACUGUACUGUAACUUCAAUACCUUAUAACUCUUAUAUUUUCAUUUGAAACAUAUCUUGGGAUGUUCCAGUUUUUCAUGACCAUAGAAGUGCCAAUGUGUUUUUUAGGACUGUUUUUAAUUAUCUUAUUCAGUUUCAUUUUUUUAUUUAUUGGAAUGAAGUUGGAUUUUAACCAUGAAUCAUAACAGGCCCUUACUGAAAGGAAUAAAGCCACAAAGAAAAAAAUAUAAUAUAUGUGGAAUAUAUAAGAAGAUAUAAAAAGUAUAUAAAUAUAUUCUUUUGUUACGUAUAAUCUUGUAUUUAUCAAAUUGUUUAUAACAAAACGUGAAUGUAAAGUAUUUUAAGCGUAACUGUCCACAGUCAUAACAUGGUGUUUGAUGUAUAGCUAAGAGGAACUAUUUAGAGAAAAUAUUCUUCAGUGUAACCCUGGGCUACUUUGUCACAUAUGAAUGUGAACAAUAACACCCUGGCUUUCCAGGACAAUGUUUACAAAAAUACUGUGUACAAUACCAAUGUCCUGUUGAACGUGAGUGACAACUAUCUAUAAAGAAGUCUGAAGUAUUCACACUAUGAUAAUAAAGAAUUUCUUCUACACACA